GUUGGAUCUAUCCACUGCUUUAACUACCUUUCUCAUUCUCUUCCUCUAGUUAUCACGCACGAUUCCUAAUUUUUAUAAAUAAUAUUGUAAUUUUAUCACUGGAUUCCUUGUUUAUUUAAUUUGUUUUUUUAGUGAACCAAGAAAGGAAUCUCUGUUUAAUUGUGUUGUUGUCUGGAGAAUUAAAUUAAUUUAGAAUGAUGAUUUGUCCGAUUCAAGAUUCAAAUUGAAAAGGAAAUUGGAGUUGUAGUUGAAGUAGCUCAAUGGCAGUGUUAUCGAUGAUUAUCAGAUUGAAUAACUGGUUGAAAUUGAAGAUCGUUGAUCCUCUCUAUCAAAUCCUUAGCAGGAGUACAGAGCCCAAGCAACUGGCGUUCUCUGCUGCUCUUGGGAUUACUCUUGGAAUUUUUCCUAUAUGUGGAGUGACUGUUUUGCUAUGUGGAAUGAUGAUUGCCUUGCUUGGGUCUCUAUGCCAUGCUCCAAGCGUAAUGUUAGCUAACUUCAUUGCAACUCCCAUUGAGCUGAGCCUUGUGGUGCCCUUCUUGCGAUUUGGUGAAUUUAUUUCUGGUGGGCCUCAAUUUCCAUUAACAUCUGAUGCACUGAAGAAGGUUUUGACAGGCCAGGCUUCACAUGAAGUCUUAUUAAGCAUUGCCCAUGCGUUGAUGGGAUGGCUUGUUGCAGCACCCUUUAUAUUGGCUGCACUCUACAUAAUAUUUUUGCCAUGUUUCAAGGUCAUGGUCCGCAAAUUCAGCUCUGUUCCAGGGAGCCCAAUAAAAUCGCCAACGUCAUUUACAGAUGUCAGGCUCAAGGUAUUAUCUUAAACCUUAUCCUCCCAUGGUGAAGGCAAGACUCAUUUAUCAUAUUCACCUAUACCCUGUAGAGAAUAAUGGGUCGUAUUCGAGCUCAAAUAAAGCUUGAGUUCAAUUUGUAUAAUGUUUCUAUAAGAUAUUUCGACAUACAGAAAAUGAAUUUUUAUAAUUGUAGAGAUGAGUUUGAAUAUAUGCUCAAUCGAUAAAUAUCUUUGGUCGUUGUUGAAUUCGUGUUUAAAUAAUCUCUUAAAAUUGCCUAAAUGUUUGCUAAA